GCGGGUUGAUUGGACCCCCGGGAGGGUGGGGACCCCGGGAGAGGGCUGCACGUGGCUUCUAAGGGUUCCGGGAGCUCCAAGUUAGAGGAGCAAGCGGGGGGCUCUGGGGCGGCAAGGUUUCCAGCCGGCCCGGGUGGGCCAGCAGAACAGGUUUGCUCUCAGAGCUGAAGCUGGCUGUGCCCUGGGGCCACAUCGCUGCCAAAGUCUGGGGCUCCCAGCAGGCCCCCCCAGUUCUUUGCCUGCACGGCUGGCUGGACAAUGCCAGCUCUUUUGACAGACUCAUCCCUCUUCUUCCAAAAGAUGCCUUCUCCCUUUCCAUCUCGUCUCAGACUUUUGUUAUGUUGCCAUGGAUUUCGGGGGACACGGGCUCUCGUCCCAUUAUAGCCCUGGUUUCCCGUAUUACCAGGAAAACUUUGUGAGUGAGAUCCGGAGAGUUGUAGCAGCCUUGAAGUGGAAGCAUUUCUCCAUCUUGGGCCAUAGUUUUGGUGGCGCGGUGGGCGCAAUGUUUUCCAGUAUCUUCCCCGAGAUGGUGAAUAAACUUAUCUUGCUGGACACAUGGCCAUUUCCCCUGGACCCUAAAGGAAUAGAGUGCGUGCCGACCUACCGGCGGGGAGCCAUCGAGUACGUGCUGCAGGUGGAGGCCUCCCAGAAGCCUCGGCAGGUGGUCAGCCCAGAGGAGAUGCUGCAGAGGUUCAUGAAGAACAACAGUCACGUGAGUGAGGAGAACGCGCGACUCCUCCUGCAGAGAGGAACCACCAAGGUGGCCACAGCCGGAGCAUUGUGUGGAUUUCGUCAGCAGGGAGCAGUUUGUGAACUUCACCAAGCAGCUGCAGGCCCGCGUCCUGCUCAUCAAGUAAGCGCGAGCCUCGUGCCUCCAAAGACCCUCGGCUGCCAGGAACCCCCAGGUCUCCCUCGUGUGAGGUUCUGGGUUCUUCUGCUUGAGGCCGGGCUGCCCCUGGCACCAGGGCAUGGAGGGCACAGGCAGCAGGGCCGGGAGCUGAGCCAGCUGCCCCUCUUGCAAGGCCGGGCAGACACCGGCCGACUGUCCCCUGCCAGGUCCCCUGGCCCUUUGCUGCUCCCCAGCCUUCCAACCGCCCCCACCUGCCAGCCGCAGUCCCCAAGCCACUGCCUGUGGCCACAGCUGUGACUUCUAGGGACAUGUGUGUCUCUGGUGCUGAGCACAGGGGUCUAGGAAGCACGGACUGGAGUUGCAGAUCCAAACCCCAGUGAGAUACGCUGCAACCCCCCACACCUGGGGACGGCGGACCCUACAUGGCAGGGGACAGGCACUGGCAAGGACGUGGAGAAACCAGAGCCUCCCACUGUGGGGCUGUAAAGCGGCACAGUCACUUGGAACAGUCUGGCAGUUUCUGGAGCCACUAAGUUACCACAGGGCCCCACAGUCACCCUCCCAGGGAUCUACAGGCCCGACCUAGGUCCACACGGCAGCUCGUGCAGGACCAUCCAGAGCGGUGCUCGUCACAACAGCCCAGAAGCGGAGGCCACCCA